UCCUCCGAGCGCCAGCCGGCCGCCAGCGAUCCGCCCUCGUCUUCCAGGCUGGUUUCUGGAGCGCGAGGAGCGCCCUCCUGCCCGCCCCUUUCGCCGGACCCCCGCCCUCCGAUGGCUCGGAUGGGGCUUGCGGGCGCCGCUGGACGCUGGUGGGGACUCGCUCUCGGUUUGGCUGCCUUCUUCUUCCCAGGUACUCACACGCAGGUGGUGCAGGUGAACGAUUCCAUGUAUGGCUUCAUCGGCACAGAUGUGGUACUGCACUGCAGUUUUGCCAACCCACUGCCCAGUGUGAAGAUUACCCAGGUCACGUGGCAGAAGUCCACCAAUGGCUCCAAGCAGAACAUGGCCAUCUACAACCCAACAAUGGGCGUCUCCGUGCUGCCCCCCUACGAGAAACGAGUGGAGUUCCUGCGACCCUCCUUCAUCGAUGGCACCAUCCGCCUCUCCCGCCUGGAGCUGGAGGACGAGGGCAUGUACAUCUGUGAAUUUGCCACCUUCCCUACAGGCAACCGUGAGAGCCAGCUCAAUCUCACUGUGAUGGCCAAACCUACCAACUGGAUCGAGGGUACCCAGGCAGUGCUCCGAGCCAGGAAGGGACAGGAUGACAAGGUCCUGGUGGCCACCUGCACCUCAGCCAAUGGGAAGCCUCCCAGUGUGGUGUCCUGGGAAACACGGCUAAAGGGCGAGGCAGAGUACCAGGAAAUCCGGAACCCCAAUGGCACAGUGACAGUCAUCAGCCGUUACCGCUUGGUGCCCAGCCGGGAAGCCCACCGGCAGUCCCUGGCUUGCAUCGUCAACUAUCACCUGGACCGCUUCAGGGAGAGCCUCACACUCAAUGUGCAGUAUGAACCUGAGGUGACCAUUGAGGGCUUUGAUGGCAACUGGUACCUGCAGCGGACAGAUGUGAAGCUUACGUGCAAAGCCGAUGCUAACCCCCCAGCCACCGAGUACCACUGGACCACGUUGAAUGGCUCCCUCCCCAAGGGUGUGGAGGCCCAGAACAGAACCCUCUUCUUCCGAGGACCCAUCAACUACAGCCUGGCAGGAACCUACAUCUGUGAGGCCACCAACCCCAUUGGUACCCGCUCAGGCCAGGUGGAGGUCAAUAUCACAGAAUUCCCCUACACCCCGUCUCCUGAACACGGGCGGCGUUCCGGGCAGGUGCCCACAGCCAUCAUUGGGGGCGUGGCAGGGAGUGUCCUGCUGGUGCUGAUUGUGGUUGGAGGGAUCGUAGUGGCCCUGCGCCGGCGCCGGCACACCUUCAAGGGUGACUACAGCACCAAGAAGCAUGUAUACGGCAAUGGCUACAGCAAGGCAGGAAUCCCCCAGCAUCACCCGCCCAUGGCACAGAACCUGCAGUACCCGGAUGACUCAGAUGACGAAAAGAAGGCCGGCCCACUGGGCGGGAGCAGCUAUGAGGAGGAAGAGGAGGAGGAGGGCGGUGGAGGGGGCGAACGCAAAGUGGGCGGACCCCACCCCAAAUAUGACGAGGACGCCAAACGGCCCUACUUCACUGUGGAUGAAGCUGAGGCCCGUCAGGACGGCUAUGGGGACCGGACUCUGGGCUACCAGUAUGACCCUGAACAGCUGGACUUGGCUGAGAACAUGGUUUCUCAGAACGAUGGGUCUUUCAUUUCCAAGAAGGAGUGGUAUGUGUAGCCCCGCCUUCUGGAGCCUCUGUCUGUGCCCACUUCUCCCUGGCCCCUACCCGCACGACCCCUGCCCACCCCCACAGCCCACUGCCCCAGGAGCUCGACAGAGACUUGACCAGCUGCCCUCAACCAGCCCCAAACUCCUGGGGAGCCAGGGGAGCUCAGGGCAGACCCCACUUGGCUUCGUUUUUUUUUAUUUCCUCCCUCUCCCACCCUUCCCCACGGUGUUGUGUUCGACUGUGACUUCGGUGUUGCUGUAUCGCUCCCUUAAGGACCCCCUCCACUGCCCUCUGUGCAGGGAGCCCCGUUCUUGUCUUGUGUACUCGGGCAUCCCUCCAGGGCUUAGGGAGCCAGUCCUCUCCUAUCCCCCAACACUGGAAUUCGUUUGUGUUCUCUUCAUUGGGGACGGAGGGCAGAGGGGGCUUCAGGAUGAAGAGCACCCUCACCUCACCCCAUAUGCUGCUCCUCUUCCCAGAGAGAAGUCAAUGUCCCCCGACUCUAAGCUGAUGCAGCCAGUGCACCUAAGAGGUUUUAGGGGAGUUCUCCAUGGUACCCAGGGGAGUCUUGUCUGUGAAACAAUGGAGCUGAGGUUCCUCCUGGGGUCCUGGGCAGUGUGUUUUCCUGGUGAGGGGAGCUUUAUGUUUUCUUUUUUUUUUUUUUCCUUCUAGCCUACAAAAUGAGGUUGGCCUAGCUCUCAUAUACCCUUUCCUUUACCCCUAGUCCCUUCUCUACACAGUGGGUGACCCCGGGUGGACUCUACCCACAGUUCCUGUUUGCCUCCACCAACACAUGCAUACACACACACCACUGGGUCUAUGCCAGUCUCCCACAGUGCUCUCACGCCUUGCCCAGGCUAAACACUGCCCCAGGCCCUACCCUCUGCUCCGGCUCUCACUUCUUCCCAGCUCAGGGAAGUCCACAGAAGUGUCCAGAGACAGCUAGGAUGGACCACCCAGCUGCUGCCGCUCUAAGAUUUCGGUGUAUCUCCAACCUUUCAUACAGUGUGCACGUUUCUCGGAUUUCUCUUUAUCUGUCAAGAGCUCACAACACUUGACUCUUCUGGAAAGCCGGGGCUGGGACCUCAGGAAGGAAUUUGAGGCAAAGAAGUAUUUCUAUGGUGAGGGCAGCCUCGUGGAAGCACCUCGGCAAGCGUUCUGGUGACUGAAGGGGACUGCUAAUGUCUCACACAGGAAGGCCAGCAUACGUGUCACAGGUCUCCAAGAAAGUGCAGGGGCACCCAGGAACCUGCUGCUUGUCCACAGUCCGACCCCUACUCAGUUCCUCCUGGUGCCAUACUGAGAUGAGGGGGACCGUGGAAGGGCCCGCCUUUGCAUGCAGACUCCCUCUUUGAAUGGGACUCUGGCUUCUUCAGCCAUCUGGGGUUGGGCUUUCCCUUGAGUGCACGGAGAAAAGCCCCCUCCCAGCCCUCUGUCCCGAAGCUCAAAGUGCCUCAGUUUUCCAUCUGUGCCCCCAGACUCCCCACGUUCUAAAUGGGCAUGCCUAUGUCCUGGGGUAGGCAACGUGGCCUGCAAGCGCCUUAGGGCCCGCCUGCUAGGAUCUCCGCUAACAGCCCAAGGCAACACUCUGAGGGAUAGCAAGUGUGGGGGAGAGGGAGGCAGACCAUUCUGUGCCCCACGGGCACUGACCCACCCUGCCAUAGGCUUCCUAAGGGAGCCCCAGUCCUCAACCUGCCCCCCUCCCUGGUGCUGCUAUUGAAUUCCCAGUCCAAGCGCCAUCUCUGGCACCCCUCAGCCCCCCAGCUGGGGCCCUUUGGCCAGGCCCUCACUGCCCUAGUCCCAGCCCAGGCUGCCCAGUAGCCACGUAGCAGAAGUCUGAAGCCAUGCUAGCCCUGUGGCGGCUCUCCCCUCUUGGCAUUUGGGGACACUGGAUGGGGUAGAGUUCGGGGAAGAAAAUUCUUGGGGCCUUUCUAGCCACAGGGCGGAGGAAGAUGGAGGAGCUGGGCUGCUUCUCUCAGCAGUAUUAAUGUCCCUCCUGUGUCUCAUUUCCCCCCUCCUCAUGCCCACUCUGGCCCCUCUGCUUGGUCCCCUUACCUCCAAGGCAGGAGGCGGAAGCUUGACUGCCCCAUAGAGGCGUUUCUGUCCCUGUGGAACCGUAAGACUGAAAGGACUCGCCUGUCUUGAACCUUUCACUGUCACCCCCUUGUUCCUUAUUUUGUGACGGAUUGAGGAGGCCCUGGGCCCGGACAAAGCACCUAAGCUCCCCCUUAAGACACCUGCACGCCUUCCCCACCCCAAGCAAAGCACAAUUUAUGGGGUCCAUGCAGCAGGAUCCCGGCUGUGGCCCUGCUACCAGGCAGCCGCUACCUGGGCUGAGAGAGGAAAUGAGGCGGGAUCUGUAGCUGGGCCUAAAGAGGACGGG